UUUCAGACUCAUUUGGAGACGCAGGUGUUCGGGUGAACACAGUUAAGAACCACACAAGUCUAGGUUAUAGUCUAACAGGUUUAUUUGGAAGCACUUGCUUUCGGAGCGCUGAAACUGGUUUCAGGCUGAGGAGUUGUUGUUGCUGUGAGGAGCGGACUCUGCACCUCACAUGUAUACAUUCGUUGCUCGUCGUCUGUUCGGUUGCAGUUCAAGCGGCCUCAAGAUGUUUCGUGUCCGUGCUGUCCGUCGGCGCUAAUCGUGUUCCUAAUCCCAGGAAGAAUGGACGGAAAGCAGAUGCAGAGAUCCAUCCAAUGGGGAGUACUGCUCGCACUGCUCAAUGUUAUUUCUGCUGUUUCAGGUGACUCACCUGUCUCAGUUAUUGGGAUCGUGGGAGAGCAGAUUUUGCUGCCCUGUAUCUACAAAGGACAUGUCCCAGUCUCCAAUUUACUGGUAGUGUGGGGCAUAUCAAAGCGUGACAUUUUAUGGAAGUUCAUUGAUGGGAGUGAUGAUUUGACAGAACAAGACGCACGGUUUGGAAACAGAACAGAUCUAUUCAAGGAUCAGCUGGAACAAGGCAACUGGUCAAUUCUGAUCUCUGACCUCAGGGAGUCAGACCAGGAUGAAUAUGUGUGUUACAUUUACAAGAGAAUAACUGUGGGCUAUAAUCUGGAGCAAGCUGAUUUUAUCCAUCUCUCGCUAGCAGAGCGAAUUGAUACAGCUAGACUGAACACACCUGUACCAGGUCCUGGACUGUCUGGUGAUCAAAAAACUGCAAUUGCUUUUGCAGUUUUCUUUAUGAGCGUUUAUGUUGCUGUCAUAGCCAGUUCGUUAAUAAGACGUACCUGUAACAAAAAGCAGGUCAGCAGCACUCCAAAAGAAGCACCAAAUGAUGAUCCUUUGAGAGAGGUGAUCUGUACACAGAGCCUUGUGCCAACAGCGCCUGAGCAUCAGGAUGGAGCGUCUGGAGAACAAAAGCUUCUGGGGAACGGGGCUGUCCAGUACUGAGUUUUCACUGCACCGAGCCUGGCUCAGGGAGGGGGGGAAAUCAGCCCAGUGUUUUGGGGAUUAUUUCUGGUGGAAAGCCUGAGCUCAGAAUUGGGAUCAACAAUCGCUUGCCACCUUGCACAAAUAUUUCCAAGAUUGAGCUGCUCAGGAGAGAAAUACCAAAUUUUACAGUAUUUUAUACUAUAUUGUACCUGUGUUAUUACAGACUGUGUCCAAACCAGUCUCUGGGUUCACCUAUAGCUUUGCAAUCCUAACUCUACCCCAAUACUGAUCCUGUGAGAUAAUAAAUAAUUUCCUUAUUCUUAAUUACUAACUUGUUCCCAGUGUGAGUGAUGCUGCAAGGGCCCCAUUUAUUGUUCAUGCAAACUUGACCUACUGCAGUGGGGAACGUUUGAAGAGGCUUCAGAAACUCUCUGUAGCAGCAUCUAUUGGACAAAGCCAGGAACUACAUUAUUGCCAGCAACUGGUUUGUUGGCCAAAAACCAUUAAUUAUAUUUUCUAAUCAACCUGUUCAGAGAUAUUAUUUCACACCCCUGCAGCAGAUGAGAUUUUAGUGUGAUUCCUCACUCAAAGAUAGUGAUAAUACCACUACACAACAAUAACCUUUUGAAUCAUAUCUUGUUUAUUUGAAAUUUCUUUUUGAAAUCAAACAACUUCUUGUAUUUGCCAAUUGAUGUAUAGAUUGUUUUGUAAAUAUUUUAGUGUGAUUAUGUAUUUCCAUCUUCCACUGUCUUGCCUUGCUGCGUUUUGCUCCAAGCUGUAAUUAAAGAGCUGAUAUUAGGGGG